UUUGUUUGUACGUAAUGGGCGCGUUCGCUAAACAUGAGGAUUUAUGAUAUAAUAAAAAAUUGCUUUUAUAUCGAUUUAAUUAAUGUAAAUGAUGAAUAACUGAAUUUUGAUUGGUCUAAUAAUUUGAUCCUGCUUUUUAAUUUAUUAUAUUACGUAUGGUGUACUAAUUAAAAUUUUAAAAAUUAUCGUGUUUUCUACUUUUAAGAACGUACUUUUUUUGACGGUCUGUCAUCAAAUAACCGUUCUCUACAUAGAUUGACGUAACGCACCUCUAUUCUAGAAAGAAUAAGAGUUUUAAUCGUAUAAGAAAACGCCGAUUUUUUUGCAUCCCACAAAUAACUAAUUUCCAAAACCAAUUAUAAUAGUGAAAUUAUUCAACACCUAUCAUUAAAUUGAAUAUUUCCUUGCAUAAAUUUUUCGGAAAAUAUCGUAUUUGUGAGUAUUGUAAUGGCGACCCAAUCAACUGGUGUUGUGGUACCUCGAAAUUUCCGAUUACUAGAAGAAUUGGAAGCCGGUCAAAAAGGUGUUUCGGACGGUACGAUUAGUUGGGGAUUAGAAAACGACGAUGAUAUGACACUUACGCAUUGGAUGGGCAUGAUCAUCGGCCCCCCUCGAACACCCUACGAAAAUAGAAUGUACUCCGUUAAAAUAGAAUGCGGCCAAAGGUAUCCCGAUGACGCUCCAACCGCUAAAUUUAUUUCCAGAAUUAAUAUAAAUUGUAUAAAUACUAACACAGGUGUGCUUGAUAGUAGACAGGUGCCAGUGUUGGCAAGGUGGCAAAGAGAUUAUACCAUUAAAACAGUGUUGCAAGAAUUGAGAAGAUUGAUGACGCUUAAGGAGAACAUGAAACUAACGCAGCCUCCCGAAGGCACUUGCUUCUAGCCUUCGAAUCACCAUAACAACACUCCACCAAUAUCUACGGUUACAACUUGUCCUUUGAGUGUCGAUACCUGCACCACCCAAACUUGUUCUCUACUAUAGAUUCCAGACAACUGGAAAACCGUACAAAGUUGUAACCAAGAUUUGUACAGCUUAAUAAGCUAUGUAGUUAAGUUAAUUUUUAGCUAAGUUUACCUCUAUAAUAUGUACGUAUAUAUACUGUAAAUGUAGCAGCUUGUACACCAAUCUGGAAUUAAUUGGCGAAAAGUUUCAUUUUGUUUUUUUUUUAUUUUUCCUUUUCUUCCCUUCUAAUUUCAUCGCUAGAGCUACAGGGUGGCCUUGACUUUUUUAUCCAAUCUCUUGCAAGGUCGCUGUAUCAAUCUUUGUAGCAUCUUCUUUGACCUUAUCUCUCCAUCUUAGCCUUAAAUUUCUCUGUUUCCUGAUCUAAUGUCUAAUUUCUAGGACAACCCUGUAAAUUUUCCUCUCAAAUGUCGAUAGUAAUGUCUGAUUCGUUUUUGUUCCAUUUUCUUCUAUUAAUUCUAAUAAAUUAAAUUUUUAUGUUUUUCUUAAGUUUUCUUUGUAUUUAAAGAUUGCUUCUUAUCAAGAAUUGUUGUUUUCUCUUUGUGUUCAUUAAUAUAUUAAUAAUUUGUAUUUGAAUACUGUGAAAAUCCUUUUUUUUUCAUUUUAUCCUCUUUGGGUGUUCAUUGUUGCUUUUUUCUUCGCAUUUAUUAACAAUUCUUGUUUUUCGGCUCUACUUUCGUCUACAUUGACAACCCCUACAAUAUUUUAUCUGCCAACAAUAGUUUUUUUGUGUUUCUUGACAAUCUUCCUUUCUUCAUUCAUAAUCCAAUGUAGUUUCCAUUUUUAGAUCAGUUUUUCUUGAUUUCUGUUGUUCUUAACUUCAAUUUUUGUAAUUAUUGACAACCCUUAAUGAUAAAUUAUGUGUUUGUAUUGAUUUUUUCUUGGCUGACAACCCCUGCAACAUUUUUUUCAUUAGCAAACGUCUAUAUUGACAAUCUUCACACACUUAUUCAUUACAGAAUGUACUUUCCAUCUUCAGAUCGGUUUUUUGUUGUGUUCUUUGAUUUUAUGCACAGUUCUUCACGUUAGGUGCUUUUACUUUGGUUUUGGUGUUUAUUGACAACCCCUUGAUGAGAAGCUGUACUUUUCAUGUUGAUUAACCUUCUUUUGCGAUAAUUUUUUAUUAAACCCGUUGUUUUUGUUUAUGUUAAUCGACACCCGCUUUUUUUUUCAUUUUUUCAAAUUGCAAUUGUUCCUUUUGUGUUUAUUGACAAUUUUAACUUCCUUAUUCAUUAUGAAGUGUUGUUUCAAUCUCCAGUUUAUUUUUUAUUAAUUUUUGUUGGUUAUUUUCCUUACACUUCUUCACAUUAAUGGCAUUUACUUUGAUUUUUGUAAUUAUUGACAAUCCCCACAACAUUUUCAUUAUGUUUAAUUGUUGUUUUGUUGUCUUUAUUGACAUUUCUUCGAUAAUCAUUUAUUAUUAAAUCUAUUUUUUUUAUUUCGUCUUCUUUGGUUAUGAUUUGUUAUUUAACAAAUUUUCUAACAUUUCCGUCUUUAUUGACAACAGAUACAAUAUUUUCAUAUUUAGUAAUCGUCCUUUUUUGGCUCUAUUGACAGUCUCCACAACAGAUUCAGGAGUAAUCGUCCUUUUUGUGUUUGUUGAAAUAUAUUUUUGACCAUCGCUUGUUAUUAAAUCCAUUAUCUAAUGUUGUUUAUAUUUUCAAAUCAGUUGUUUUUAUUGUUUGUUGUUUUUUCUCAUUACAUUUUUCGCGUUUAUUAACAAUCUUUCAUCAUAGCCUGUCAUUAAACAUAUUUUAUUUUAUUUUCGGGUUUAUUGACAACCCCUACAACAUUUUCUAGAUGAUAAAUUGUCCUAUUUGUAUAUAUUGACAAUCUUUAUUGACACCCUUAUUCAUUAUCCAGUAUCGGUUCUAUCAUUAGAUCAGUUUUUCUUGAUUUUCUAUUCUUUGAGUUUAUUGACAAUUCUUGAUCAAAUGAUUUACUUUUGUCUAUAUUGACAAUCCCUACAACUUUUUUUUGAUGUUAAAUUUUUUUUGUCUUAAUUGACAAUCUUCACACCCAUAUUGUUUCACCAUUUCAGAUCAGUUUUUCCUUAAUUUUUGUUGUUCUUUCUUUCGAGUUUAUUGGCAUUCUUGAUCACAGUUUCUCAUUAAAUGCUAUUUACUUUACUUUUGUGUUUUUUUGACAAUCUUUUUAUCUUCAUUUUUUAUUGAAGGUUGUCAAUUUUCUUUUUUUUUCGACAAACUAAUUAUUUUCACGAUUUUACAUUUCCUCAGUUAAUAUGUUCUGAAGCUUAAUAUUAUUAUCUAAUUCGCAUACAGGGUGAGUAUUUUGUCGUGUAUUUUAAAUUGAACCAUCGAUUGAUAUAAAAAUGCUUCUCGAUUGGAUAAAUUUUAAUUUUCGCCGAUUAUUUCUACUGUUUGCUUACAGUUCAAUUGGAAAAUUUGUUUAUGGUAAUUUUCGUUUGAAGAGAUCACGUUUUUCGUCAUAUUUUAUGUUGAAGUGUACCACCGGAAGCUUUAAAUAAAAUAUAAUAUCGUAGCGUUUAUAAGCUGUACCCAGUGUAUGUAAUUUUAUAUUAAUUACAUUUUAAUUGUAAUAGAAAAUGUGUUGCCUGAUAUUUCGACGGUUUUAACCGAAAAAUUUUCGUGUAGAAACGUCGUCGAGCUUUCGAUGAUUUUUUCCCACUGAAGUUUGUCGUUUAAAACGUUUUUUGAUUGUUUUUAAUGGUUCUCUUACACAAUAUUUUGCAAAAAUUAUUUUAUUUAAUCGAAAACUAACUAUUUAAUAUAUAUUUACAUAUUGAGUUUUAUUCCUGCUAAGACAAAAUGAACUUUCGUUUUUUUUUUGUAAAUGUAAACCCGUGGAAUUUAAAUUUUCA